AUAGUUGUGGGCGACAGCAUAUCCUAGUACAUAAGACAACUGUUCCUAAGUUGUGUCAUUGGGUUUGUUAAAAUGUACUCUUGGGCAUUUUUUACAACUGGGAUUCAACUAAAUGUUGUGCAUUCCUCAAAGACGACAAAGAACAGAUAUCAUUGAUGAAUUGGUUUGCGCUUCGUGUCAAACAAGUGUUAGUGUGUCACACGACCUUCUGCUAAUUAAUAUUUUCCCUGAAAAUUCUGUACAUUUUGAAACACUGUACAGAAUAAAGCAAUUAUUACUCUUAUUAGUAGUAUUUCGUAUUGUAACAAGAGAAGACAAGGGCCAGACAACAGACCGUUUAGUGGGAAAAUCACGAGGUAUCUAUAGAUUUUUAUGUGUAUUAUUUAGCAGCGUUAUUGUUAGCGGAGAAGCAACCUCUUCUGAAUGGUUGUUUUCUUGAUGAAGAUUAUUCUGUCAUAUGUUUGUGGCCGUUUCUUCGAAAAUUAAACGAUAUAUCUGUGAAUCGUAUUUGCACACGUUAAGUCUGCUCUGACUGGUUGGUGAGUUCUUCGAGGUUAAACUUUGUUGUUGUUUUUUCUCAUGACCCUGAUUUGGAACGUAAACAUUGAUGUAAAUUGUUGUCUACAAUUUUUAUCUUGCAG